AUGAUGAGUGAUUCCGAAGCAACAUCUGUAGCACCAAAUACAUCUGAGGACAAGAUGGUGGAUGAAUCCAAUUCACAAGAUCAAAUGGUUGAUGAAAAUAUUGUGGAUGUAUUGGGAGAUGGUGGUAUCAUCAAGAAAAUUUUGAGAGCUGCUCCUGAUAAUGAAACAGCCACUCCUCCCGAUGGAGCUCAAGUUACUGUUCACUAUGUAGGAACAUUGGCCUCUAAUGGUAAAAAAUUUGAUAGUAGUAGAGAUCGUGAAGAACCUUUUAAAUUCAAUAUUGGUCAAGGAAGCGUGAUCAAGGGUUGGGAUGAGGGUGUAGCAACGAUGAGAAAAGGUGAGCUUGCCUUGUUUACUCUUAAACCAGAAUAUGCCUAUGGAAAGAGUGGUUCUCCUCCAUCCAUUCCUCCAAAUGCUACUUUGCAAUUUGAGGUUGAAUUGUUGGAUUUUAAUGAUGAAGAAGAAGUAACCAGUGGAAUUACCAAGAAGGUUCUCUCAGAAGGAGAAGGUUGGAGAAAGGCUGAAGAAGAUGGAGCUACUGUUGUUUGCUCUUACAAGAUUUAUGAGAAGGACAAUGAAAGUAGGGUUUUGGAACAAGUCGAUGACUUGAAAUUUGUUUUUGGUGAUGAGAAUGUAGUUUCAUUUGUGGAAGAUGCUAUUGGAAGCAUGAAGAAGAACGAAAAAGCCCUUUUCACAAUUACUCAAGUCUCUCCUUGCCAAUAUUUAGAAUAUACUAGUCACACGCAAGAAUUUAAGAAUAAUUUUUCUAAUUUAUUAACAUCAAAGCCUGUUCUCAAGAUGGAAGCUCAUUUGAAAGAUAUUGAUAAUGAGAAAAAUUCAUGGGAGAUGUCUCAUGAGGAAAAGUUAAACAGUGCAGAGAGUAAGAAGGAGCAAGGUAAUGAACUGUUUAAGAACAAAAGAUUCAACCUUGCCCAAAAGAGAUAUGAACGAGGUUUAAGUUUGAUUGAAGAUCAACACCCAUCCGAUGAGCCAGAAGAGCAAAAGAAGAGAAGAAAUCAAAUUCUUACCUCCAUUUACAAUAAUUUAAGCGCCAUCUACCUCAAGCAAGAACAAUUUUCUCAAGCUGUGAACAAGUGCGAUAAGGCUCUGGAAAUUGACAACCAAAGCAUUAAAUCCUACUCUCGAAAGGCUCAAGCUUUACAAUCUCUUGGAGAAUUAGAAGAGGCUAAAGCAACAUUGGAACGGUGCUUGAAUGUUUGUGGUAAUACGACAUCUGAGACCCAACUCCAAUUAUUAGAUCUCGUCAAGUCACAAUUAACCAAAGUUUCGAAAGCUCUAUCUGAACAACAAAAGAAGGAAAAAGCAAUGUUCAGCAAAAUGUUCCAAUAA